AGGUUUUGCAUUUAUUUUACCUUAGCGCUUCGACCUGAUUGAAAACACCAUAGUAGAAACCCGUGGUUAGUUUCCCCUCGGUAGAGCUGCAUGAUUGCCAACUGAAACACAAAGAUGUAGGGGUAUGGACAGACUACUGCAAGCAGCCACGUUCUCAUUCUUGUCACCUGAACCAUGAUGGUUGUGCAUGUGCUUUUCACAGCAACAAAAUUAAUUGGAUCGCUGUGAAAGGUGCAGUAUGUUGGUUUAAACAGUUUGAAGGUUAAGGGGAUGUGCAUAAUAGGUUACCGUGGCUCAGUUGAUGGCCUGUAACAAUAUGCUAGAGAAUUUAACUAUCUGUGUCGUGAGGUGGGUUAAUUAGCAUGCGAUUUUUGUUGUUGUUGUUAUUACAAAUUACGAUUUUGUACCGCUUCACCUUUUAGUAUUAACAAGGUGAAAGAAAUACUGAAAGCGUAGUGCUGAGUUUUCAGUUGGCUGGUAAAUGUUACCACUUGAAGUGAAAUUCCAUGGCAGUGGCAUUCAUUUAUGUUGCUUAUAGGACAGAAUAUAGUGUAGGACUCCCUGUAAGUUGUUUCGGAGAGCUAGCUACUGUAUUCUGCAUAGUCAUGCAAUGUGUAGCAAGGCUUGAAAUGAGGUUCCUCUUUAAGGAAGGGACACUGAUUUUCUUUGGGCUCACAGGAAUAUCUGUUCCGUAUAAUAAUGGCACAUGCAUGGUAGCUCUUCUCGAGGCUGCUCGACCUCUGUAAAAUUUGUUCGUGUAUUUCUUGCACGUUUUUGGUGCUCUGUUAGCUUUAUUCAAAGGCAAAAAUGCUGUAAGCUGAGCAGGUGAAGGUUAAGGAACAGUGACGUCAGCAAGCUGUGGCUGUAUUCCAUAAAGGAACAAAGUUUAAGUGCAAUCAGUUAAUUUAACUCUUGUUUUUUUGGAUUAGGCUGCUUUGUGAAUGCCUAAGCUUAGUUCUAAUGCACUGGUUAAAGGGCAGGUCCUGAUGCAACUUACUGUAACCUUGUGGGGUUUUUGUUCCAGCGUUCUCACUUUAUCUGCUGUUCUCCGUGUAUUUGUAGAAAUUUGUAGAAAUAGGGAUUGUACUAUAAUGCCUGAUUCUGCUUCCAGCAGUUUUAAGAAAUAUCACUCUGGUGAGGAAACUUCCCUUUGGCAUUGUUCUAUAUUUAAAGAAAUGCGGUUUGUAGUCUCCCAUGAUCUUUUUGAUACUGCUGCCAACAUGCUGAUUACUUUGUCAGAACUAGCUUAUGGGACUGCUUGGAUUCUUGAUAUGCGGGACCAUCCAAAAUGCAUGUGUGUGUACUGGUGGUGUUCCUUUUUUCAGAAACGCAGAAAAAAAAGUAUUCGUGGAGUGCAGUUCCUUUAGUGUGAUAGGAUUUAAGCAGAUUUUGUUGUGCCAUUCUCCUCAUAACUACCAAACAAACGUUUGGAAUCAGACCAUGUCAAAAUACAGGGUAAAAUUAAGCAAAAUAAGGAGAGACUACGUGAAGAACUUGCCAGUAGCAGGAUCCUCCAGAGGUAGUUUUCUUACUCUUGAGGCGCUUUUGGGUUUAGGACAAGUGCAGGUCAAAUAAAAUAGCACUAAGAAGUCAGAUUAUGCAUUAUUUUGGCGUAAUUGUUUUGUAGCACAGAGUUAGAAUUACGUAAGCUCUUUCACAAGUUCAACAUCACUAACUUAAGCUUAAUGUUUCUUUUGCAGUUUCUAGGGCUAGUUGUGUUCCAGAAGCAGCGUAGUCUCGUGCAUGACAGGAAUCCAAAGUCAGUUAAAUCAUUGAGGCAGAUGUGAGUGGGCUCUGUGCAAGUGAGGAACACAGUGCACCAUAGCGGUAGCAUGCUGUAUGGGAGUCCUUAGCUAGCUAGCUAGCUUGGCACGUGAUCCAGAUUCUGGUUGGAGCUGAAGCCGCGCUGGCCCGUGAUCAGCUUCGGCAGUGUCUCGGCAGGAGCUAGCGUGGUCGGCUCUGAGCUGGACCUGACAGGCCAGGUGAGGGGACUUGUGCAGGGUCAGCUGGGAGGGACAGUGGUGAGGUGGGGCGGUUACUGUCCCUUCCCCUCUUCCAACAGCUCCAGCUGUCAGGAUAGCUGAAGAGUUUCAGGGCAGCAGUGGACCAGAGGUGGCUCCUUGCAUCUCUGCUGCCUCCAGCUCAAACUGGAACAUGAUUGAUUGGGGCAGCUAUUCAAGCUAUUGAGUUCAUAUCGGAACAAGUAAUCCUCUUGCGCGGGUGCAUCUGCCGUGUGUUCCCUGCAUGGGAAGAACAGUUAUUAUUGAACAAAGCUGGGGAAGUCCCAAAGUGACAAAAGAUGGUGUGACAGUAGCAAAGGCAAUUGACUUGAAAGACAAAUACAAAAAUAUUGGAGCCAGGUUAGUUCAAGAUGUUGCCAACAAUACAAAUGAAGAAGCAGGAGAUGGUACCACUACUGCAACGGUGCUUGCACGUGCUAUUGCCAAGGAAGGCUUUGAGAAGAUCAGCAAAGGAGCUAAUCCAGUAGAAAUCAGGAGGGGGGUGAUGCUUGCAGUUGAUGCAAUCAUAGCUGAACUGAAGAAGCUGUCUAAACCUGUUACAACUCCAGAAGAAAUUGCACAGGUUGCCACAAUAUCAGCAAACGGAGAUCAGGAAAUCGGCAAUAUAAUCUCCGAUGCAAUGAAAAAAGUUGGACGAAAGGGUGUGAUCACUGUCAAGGAUGGAAAAACUCUAAAUGAUGAAUUGGAAAUCAUUGAGGGUAUGAAAUUUGACAGAGGCUACAUAUCUCCAUAUUUUAUUAAUACAACCAAAGGGCAGAAAUGUGAAUUCCAGGACGCUUACGUUCUAAUCAGUGAAAAGAAAAUUUCUAGUGUACAGUCUAUAGUUCCAGCUCUUGAAAUUGCCAAUUCUCACCGCAAACCUUUGGUCAUUAUUGCUGAAGAUGUUGACGGAGAGGCCCUCAGCACUCUUGUCUUGAACAGACUGAAAGUUGGUCUUCAGGUUGUUGCUGUAAAAGCACCAGGUUUUGGCGACAACAGGAAAAACCAGCUUAAGGAUAUGGCAAUUGCUACUGGCGGUGCUGUGUUUGGAGAAGAAGGUUUGAGCCUAAAUGUGGAAGAUAUUCAGCCUCAUGACUUUGGUAAAGUUGGAGAGGUCAUUGUGACAAAAGAUGACACCAUGCUUCUAAAGGGCAAGGGUGAAAAGGCUCAAAUUGAAAAACGUAUUCAAGAAAUUAUCGAACAGCUAGAAGUUACCACAAGUGAAUAUGAAAAAGAGAAACUGAAUGAGCGAUUGGCCAAACUCUCUGAUGGAGUAGCAGUAUUGAAGGUUGGUGGCACAAGUGAUGUUGAAGUGAAUGAGAAGAAAGACAGAGUUACUGAUGCCCUGAAUGCGACCCGUGCUGCCGUAGAGGAAGGCAUCGUUCCAGGUGGUGGCUGUGCAUUGCUUCGCUGCAUUCCAGCAUUAGAUGCCUUAGCUCCAGCCAACGAAGAUCAGAAAAUUGGCAUUGAGAUAAUAAAGAGAACACUGAAAAUCCCAGCAAUGACUAUUGCAAAGAAUGCAGGUGUUGAAGGAUCAUUAAUAGUUGAAAAAAUCCUGCAGAGUCCAUCAGAGGUUGGCUAUGAUGCAAUGCUUGGGGACUUUGUAAAUAUGGUAGAAAAAGGAAUCAUAGACCCAACGAAGGUUGUGAGAACUGCUCUGAUGGACGCUGCAGGUGUUGCGUCUCUCUUAUCAACAGCAGAAGCAGUGGUGACUGAAAUUCCUAAAGAAGAAAAGGAGCCAGCAAUGGGAGGAAUGGGUGGGAUGGGUGGAGGAAUGGGAGGUGGCAUGUUCUAAUUCCUGGGAUAGGGAUGCAUCAUGAGCUGUGCUGUUUAAGACUGACAGUUCUGACUUCAAAAACUUCAGCUGUCAGUGCAAGAGGGUGGAUAGUGACUGAAGUGAGGCUGGUGUUUAAAAGAAUCACUGUAACCAUCAGUUACCGGAUUUCAUUUAACACAUGUGUAAUUGUUUACAGUCAUUGUCCAUGCCUACAGAUAAUUUAUUUUGUAUUUUUUGAAUAAAGACAUUUGUACAUUCCUGAUAACUGGGUGCAAGAUCCAUCUACCGAGGUCCUGAUUUAAACUUAAUUAAGGCACUUGAUAUUCUGUUUCAGAGUUUAUUGGUGCUUGCCAGUACUAGGAAGAACUUGGAAGCCACUGUGCGUGAGACUAGACAAUUGUGUACAAAGUAGGCAAAUAUACAGUUAUGUGACCUUUAUGUAAUAAAACAAACUGCUCAAAAGUUACAAAAUGUAUCACCUUAUUCACCUGCACACAAAGCCAUAGUCAUGGGAGAACCCUGACAAUCUGCUGCUGCUUCUAACAUUUACUAGAAAUCUGACACUUGUGCUUGGAAAUGACAGGCCAUUUCCCUCCAGGAAACAUUCCUUUGGCUAGAAUGUUUCUCAGAAAUACAAGUGACUUCAAUUUUGGCAAGAAAUAUCUAAGGUGAACUGACACUGCAGUUCUUUGAAAUAUUAAACAAUGCAAUGAAA